AAGUUCACACAUAUCUAGAGAAAGCUUCGACCAAAAGGAUAAACCGCUAGCUUCUUAGCUGUAGCGUGGCAAGUAGGAGUUAGGUAUACUACAGACGAUACAGACUGGUUCCAUCAGAUACUCCACAUCAAUUGAGAUGACGUCAAGUAAAACAAUGCGGCUUCUUUGAGUUUCUCUUCAUCAGACGAAUUUUUCCCUUCAAUAUCUGAUUUCAAAGCACUCCGAAUUCGAAAGAAGAAGAUAACAACCCCCUUUGCUUUGCUAAACACAUAUAACUACAGCUCGUCUGUUAACUUCAAAUACAGAAAUCAAUCAACCAGUUCCAUCUCAUUUCAUUGAUCUUCUGCAUUCCUAAAAUCCACUAUUAUCUGUCAUCCCAAAUCGUUAUUCUUAAGAACAUUCUCGUGAUGUCCGGUCAUAAAGUUGGUGUUUUCCCUGCCUCAGGAGGCAUUGGAGGCAGCACAGUCAAGCAUCUACUUCCCCGUCUUCCAGCCCAAGAUCUAGUUUUCAUCGCGCGCAAUCCUGCAAAAUUAGAGUCUGCUAAAUCUGCCGGCGCGGAUGUUCGUCAAGCAGACUAUGACGAUGACAACUCUCUCCAAAAUGCAUUCCAAGGAAUCGAUACUCUCUUCCUCAUUUCCUACGCAUCAGUAGAAUAUGAACAUCGAGCAGAGCGUCACCGUACCGCCAUCGACUUCGCUCUCCGCAGCGGCGUCAAAUACAUCUUCUACGGCUCUCUAGGCUUCGCCGGCCAAGAAAGCAGCCAGGAAUCCGUCGCCCACGUUAUGCGCGCUCACUUGGACACCGAAAAAUACCUCGACAAUUGCACGCGCACCCAUCCCGGUUUCGCAUACACGAUUGUGCGCGAGGGACUCUAUUCCGAAUCCUACCCUCUCUACACCUCAUUUUUUGACCCCAAGAAUCCCGUCGAGGAGAUCUGUAUUCCGCAUGAUGGAGCCGCGCCGGGCAUCGCAUGGGUCAAGCGAGAAGAGCUGGGUGAGGGCACCGCAGAGCUCCUCUCUCGGUUUGUGAAGGAUCCCGCGGGAUUCAAGUAUCGUCUCCAAACGGUUCUUCUUUCUGGAGCGAAAAUCCUCACCUUGCAGGAGACGGUGGAGAUUCUCGGAAAGCUUGCAAAGAAAGAUGUGCGCAUUCGUAAGGUUUCUAAUGAGGAGUUUGCGAAGCAGCUGCAGAAUUCAUCAAUUUCACAUAUCAUGGAGUUGAUCUCUCGAUGCUUUGGACGACGGCUUUUGAAGCAUUCCGUAGAGGAGAGGCGGCGGUGUGUCGCCUUGUUGAGGGAAUUGCUGGGACGGGAGCCGGAAGAUUUCGAGACUACGACUGCCGCGUCGUUAAUUGUUUAG